AUGGUUAGUAAUGGCUGGGGACAUUGUUGCCAUAUCGAGGAUCAUGAUCGAGAAAACCUGGUGAGUGAUGAAAUUUGCUAGCUUGCUUCCUCUGUUAGCUUCUGUUUGUUUACAAACAUAUGAAGCCUAACUUUGACAUCUUCCGAUAAAAAGAUGCCAACGUUAUGAUGCAGAAGGAACGAACGGCGGCUUAACGCCGAAUAACCCUGAAGUUCCGUGAUAACUGUAAGGAAACCGAGUGAACCAAGUUUAGGCCAGUUUGAUGAAUGAGGCUGAGUAUCUUAUGGAGACUUAUGGAGAUCGAGGAGGGUGUUAUGUGGUUAAUUCUUCAUAUGAUACGAAAGCCGAAUUCAAUAAUUGUUUUAUUAUUCAUUCAAAAUAAUUCCUAGUUUAAAAACAUAGCUAAAACAUGCUUACCUCCAUCGAUCCAUCGAUGUUAAGUUCAUCUUCGAUAGUGCAUGUUUAGGGUUGUUAAGCUCCGCAAAUAUUCUCCAGAUAACAGAUGUUGGCCUUUGAGUUGUGUUCUUUCUGUUCUUGCCAUGUUUUUAGCUAUUAUUUCGCCUAGUUCUUACUCUUGAAACAAGUGAAAUGUCUGCCAUUUUUGUUUCCACAACCAAAACAACUCAACCUCAUCCCCAGGUCUUCUUGGUUAACAAUGCAUUAACCUGCAAAAACGCUGCAUUUUUGAUGUCAUUUCCUCGUUAAACACAACAUUUUUCAAAAUUUGGUCAUCAGCAACUGGUUAUGGUGAAUUAUGCGUGUGCUUUUAGCCAAUCAGAAUCGGGAAAAUAUUUUGAAUGAAUAAUAAUAGCAAUUAAUGAAUGAGGCUGAGUAGGAUAUGAAGAAUUAAGCAGAUCAAGGUCCUCCGAGAUCUGCUUAAUUCUUCAUAUCCUACGAAAGCCGAAUUCAUUAAUUGCUUUAUUAGUCAUUCAAAAUAAUUCCUAGUUUAAAAACAUAGCUAAAACAAGCUUACCUGCAUGGAUGUUAAGUUUAUCUUCGAUAGUGUACGUUUAGGUUUGUCCAGCUCCGUAAAUAUUCUCCAAAUAGCAGAUGUUGCCCCCCGAGUUGUCUUCUUUCUGUUUUUGCUAUGUUUUUAGCCACUAUUUCGCCUAGUUCCUGCUGCAGUUCUUACUCUUGAAACGAGUGAAGUGUCUGCCAUUUUAGUUUUCACAACAAAAAUAACUCAAUCUUUUUCCCAGGUCUUCUCGGUGGACGGUGCAUUAACUUUAGAAGGCUGCAUUUUUGACGUAAUUUCCUCGUUAAACACAAAAUUCUUCCAGGGUUUGCAAAUUUUAUUGGUGAGUGGAGUCAGUGUGACUUCUGCUUCACAAAUUUUGGAGUCAUUUUGGAAUAUUUGGAGUCAAGUAUCAGACUUUCCAGCACGUGGUCCUGGCAUGUAUACACUAUCGUGAGGGAUACACGAAGUAGCUGUGGCUAAUCACGGUCACGAAAUUUUGUUAGCUUAAUUUGCUCUUUGUAACUUUUUUAUACAGAACACUUAAUUUAUGAAAGAAAGCUGUCUUGAAUUUAACAAAUUACAGCGGCCAAAUAAGACGGCAUUUUGUUUGCUUGACAACACAUCACAAAUUUGCAUAGUGUCAACACGUGAAAUUUGAAACCUACUUCUCAGGUACUAUAUUUGCAUACUAUGAAAAGAUACGCUUUUCGGUGCUUCUAUAAACCAGGUAGAUAAACUCACUGGCCUAAACAUUAAAGCAGCUCCAUGAAAUAAAUGACAGGUUUUUAAGUCCAAGUAGACCUUUUCCAGUAGAGUUCGCUUGCACAUCUGUUUGUCCAAAAGAAGUCAAAAGGUAUGACGGUGCUUUUGGAAGCAUUGCUGAUCGGUCUACCAUUCAUUUCAGCUUGAAAUGUUUAUAAACAAAACCUGCAGGCAGUUACAAACAAAGCUAUCAUCUCAAAGUUUUUGAAAAACAGGUAGUUUUCAAUGUUGUGCAGUGGAUAUAAAGCGACUUUAUUAAAAGCAUGUUUUACAUAAAUACGGAAAUACCAAUCCUUCACAAAGUGAAUUUUAAUAGGCAACAGUCUACAGGUCGCAGAGGUAAAAAUUUGUUUCUGUGUUAGUUACGGUAAAGCUUUACCAUCGAUUCUUGAAAUCGCUCAAGAAUUUUGGCCUUGAUACAAAUGUAGUUACAGUUUUUAGGCCAUGGUGCACUAAGAGAAUCGCGUCCUGCGCUACAAGAAUCGCGUCUUGCGAGAGGGUGGUAACUUACUUUUGAGCAGUACAACAGGUGUUAUGUUGUAAACAAAUAAGUCUUCAAGACUGAAUUGGAAGUGCAAAACCAUCUUUUUGAUCACUCAAAAAAUCGCUCAAACAUAACCGAACAGCACUUUUGACAACACUGCAAGGGGACUUUACUUUGAAUGCCCAAAAAAUUGGAACUGUCCCAAGUUUCUUUGUGACCGGAGUUGUACAUACAUGUACAUUGUAGCUGUAGCUUACCCAAAGGACAAGCUGUAAAACUGACUUUCUUUGCAUCCUGAAGGGUCUCGUUUUUCAGAAUUUCCUUUAUGCCCAACUACAAAAACUAGCUAUUAAAAAGCAAGGGGCUUUUAUGGGGGGGCUUAGGUCUUAGUUUUAAUGACCAACCUGUUAUGCUCCACUUACAGAGUCAUCAGAGCAUCAUGGUGCUAAUACCUCACUGUCAAAAUUUGGCAAUGAGGUGCAGUAAUGAAUUUAACUAAAUGCUCCAUUAUCGCUACAAGUUACAUGUAAAUUUAUUGCUGUGAAGAGGAAGUGUAUGCCUUACGUAUACAUUAAAAGUCAAAUUUUGAUUUCUGGUUAAAAAAUUUUUAACCAGUAGGUAGUCUAGGGGACAAAGGAAAUUGAAAAUCAACCAGUAUGUCAGAUAAAAUUCACCUGAAGUCAACUUUGAAUUGUAACAUACCGAGUAAGAUUGCAGAAAAGGGAUGUCAAGUAAUUCCCUUUUGAGUUUGCCAAAGUGUGAUAUAAGUGCAUCCUUUUUUAAAAGCAUGAGCUGCUUUCAAAGUAGUUUCAAUUGUAGAGCUAGCAAUUCUGUCCUGUUGUUGCACACUCCAUCCUGUAUUGAAAGUAUUCUCAAUUUCUUAGGUGAUGAUAUGACAGUUAAAGGAAAUGCGGCAUUUCUUUUUAAACAUGGCUUUCUUAACUCUGUUUGCAAUGGGGCAGUUUUGUUGUAAAUGUCACAGUUAAAUUGUUAUCUCGGGUAAUUUUUCUUUUUCUUUUGUUUUUUGGUAUGGUAAUGUAUUCUAAUAAAGUUGAAACAAAGGAAAAAUAAAAAUUACCUGAGAUGAAAAAUUAACCACAACAUAAAUAUUACAACAGAUGAAGGUCUUUAGUUUUUGAUUUUUAGGUCUGCUGACUUAGUAAAUUUGGAUAUGGGAAAGCAGUGUUAUAAUUUUGAAUUAUCAGUCUAUUUAUUUUGUUAUUUAAUGUUUACUUUUAAAACCCUUACAUAUAUGUAUAUAUAUAUAUAUAUAUAUACACUUAUGGGAGCAGUGUUUUAGUUAAGAAAAAUUUGAACUUAUUUUAGGUUAAGAUUUGAACUUUAGGCCCGGAAUUUUUGUUUAAGUAAGGUUGUCCUAAGUUAUGAUGUAUUGCAAGUGAAUUAGCCUAUACAAAUAUUGUUUUGCCACAAUACAUGAGAUACAGGUAUAUAUUUACAGUGUUCCAGACAAGAGAGGGGUCUCGGGACAAUGACCUGACAAAGAAGGCUUCCCAAGCUGACAGAUGACAUAUAAGUGUCAAGUUAAAUGUAGUGAAAAAAAUUAGUACAUGGCCUUGGUGACCACACAGAUGGUCUACAUGAUCCCCUGCUUGAAAGAAUUAACUAGAAUGCUGAUGUUACAGUGCAUAGCUAAUGCACCUACUAAUGUAAACCUUGUGGGAGUGAGGGCAAAGGGUGGUGAUUUGAUCAAAAAGUAAAAAUUUUGGUCAAUUUCCCGAGAGUGGCGAAAAUUACGUUCAUCAAAUAUAGCUAAAAAUCCCCACCCAGGGGCCUAUACCUUUUGUGAUGAAUGUCAAAAGUCUGAUUUAACCAGCUGCCUUCCCUAUGAGGCAACAUGAUGUUGACCCUGCAGGGGCAGUUACAGUUGAGGGGCGAAUGGCUUUAAGGUUGGAUUUGAAGAGGAUGCCAUUUGCUGACAAAGGUGUUUUUAAGGUAACUGUUGGCAACAGCAGGGUGGUACGGUGAUAGUAGUUUUGUUAGAAAAGACAGAGUUUUUUUCACACUUUAUUGUUUUGUGGUAUAUAACACCAACUUUUGUUCAGCAAAUUUAACCUAAGAGGUAAUUUUUUUCCAAGAGAUUUUUUCUAGCGGGAAGUGUCUAGCACAGAGCUGUGUCUCACUGAAGAAUUUGUUCUAAGAAGUCUAAGGGCUUUGCCUUUUGAUGAGACCAUUUCUGCAGUCUUUAUUCUUGCACUUACUCAAGGUCCAAAAUCCAGUUGUGAGAUUUGGAGUUGCACUAUGAUUGGUCUACAUUUGUAACCACUAUUUUCAGAAGAUUUUCAAGGGGCAAGAACGUGUGAAGAAGCCCUUAGAAAGUCUGCAUGGGAGGCUAAGUAAAUCCAAGGCCAGAAUAGCACUGAACCGAGAGGGUCAUUAGCUAUGUACAGUUAGUUGAAUUUGUUAAUAAAAAUUAAUCCUCAAAAUCACUGUUUUGUUAUUGCUGAUUAAACUGUUUUAGAUGUACAAUGUACAAAUCCAUCUGGAAAGUUAUAAAAGACCUUGAAAAAAUCACUGAAUACAGUGAACCAUCAUCUAAACAUUGUAAUGUUAUGAUGUUCUUCUCUGUUUCAGUCCAUUGUGUAUUAUGUGUUGGCUUUCUGCAGUGGAGGGUUUCUACUUCUUGUCUCUUACUGGCGUCCAGAUUGGGCUUUAAAGAUGAAGUGUUCUCCGUGCGCUCUGAAUAAAGCGACAUAUGUUCUCCUAAAGGUAAUUAUUUUAAUAUUUAGUGCAACUUAAAAUGCAUUUGUAUCAAUGUCAGUACAAUUAAGAAUCUGC